AUGGCACCAGCCAAUCCGCCAACGUCGCUCGUGAACUCUAUCAAAACGAUUGAAGCUUUGAAGGUUCUGAUUAUCGUAUUGACCUCCGCACUCCCGCCCACCCUUCCACCCCCCGGAUCAUCCAUCAGGAAGCCAAUCGUGUUUUACACGGCCCAAGCUAUCGUUUACACCAAGCCUGACUCAUUUGCGGAAUGGAAGCUACUAGCCGAGAGCGAACUCGGCGACUCGACAUGGGAGGCGGUAGAGAACCUUUACUGCAAGCUGCAAGAGCAGGUUGGAGAAGUGAUGCGUAAGUCGAGAUCAAAACAUUGGCUUGAAUGA